AUGAAGUGUUGUAUGCAUGUCGUAUGUGCUCCGCAGCAGUCAAAUUUGACGGCUUUUUCUCUCUGUUCUUGGGUAAAAUUUCGAGAAUGUGCUGAGAGAUGGAAACGUCUAUCUAGCGGUUAUUCAGAUAAGGCUAAGAAGUUUUGGUCAGCUCUUGAUCUAGCUGAAAACCAGACUCUGAACAAAUUUAAUGACAUCAAGUUGCGAUAUGGCUACCACCGCAAAUGCUACCAGCGAUUCACCGAUGUUUCGUUGCUGACAGCAGCCGAAACAUUGCUACAACAGCAGCAAGCCUCUAGUUCUACUUCUGCCCAAUCUCUCCAAAGUUCCAGUCGAGAUGAAGAAGAAGGUGACCAACAAGAGGCCACAGAAGAACCACCAGCAAAGCGUCUCCAGGUGCCAGAGUUACCGAGGGAAUGCUGCCUAUGCCACUCAAACCGAUAUUGCCGGGAAAGGCUUUCAGGCAAGAGGAUGAGAGAGAGACUUGUCGCCUGUCAGAAGCUAGAAACCAGCAGUUUAUUAAAGAAGGCAGCAAAGAUGACUGGUAAUCGAGCAUUAUUUCUCCAGAUCCAGGGCAAGGACUUAGUUGCAUCUAAGGCCCACUACCAUGCCACCUGUUACAGGGAAGCAACUAGAAUCUUCAGAAAAAGACCCAGAGAGGAGGAGAACCCAGAAGAAGCUGCAUAUCACAUCAGUUAUGAAGUAUUUUGUAGAGAUGUAAUUGACGGGAGGAUAAUUGACAAGAAAGAAAUCCUUAGAAUGACAACAUUAUCAGUGAUGUUUGUUCAGUGUGUACAGAAAAAUCAGGGAUUAGAUGCUUCUUCCUACAGACCAGACACUCUAAAGAAGAGGUUGCGAAAGUCAUACCCUCAACUGCAGUUUGUCAAAGCGUAUCUCAGCCUGGAGAGUGAGCUGGUGAUGGUUCACACCAUUCCAGUACCGGAUAUCAAAGACUCUUCUAAAGUGCAAGAGAUAUUCACCUCAAGCGAAAGUGAAGAUAUGGACACUGAAAAUGAGACGAAUUUGAGUGCAACUCCAUCAGCACAUAAACUACAUGUAGGGGAUAUGUAUUUCACAGCACGCAGCCUGAGGGAGGAGUGCAUGGCUGUUGAUGCAUCCCAAACAUGGCCACCAACCGGAAGGGAUUUGUCUCUAAAUGUUGCUAGGGACAAAGUACCAGUUAGGAUAUAUAACUUCAUAGCAUGGAUGAUCGGAGCCUCAGAUGAGCCAGUUGGGGACAGGCGAGUUAAUGUACUGGACCACUUUGACAGACGGAUCCUGUCCUUGGCACAAGAUAUCAUCUGUGCUACAAAACAAGCAAAGAAGCACCUACCAUAACAGUCAGUGUGCCCUGGCGAUGACAGUACGAGUACGACACACCACUGGCUCUGCAAAACUCAUCAAUCUACUCAAUGGCUAUAGACACACAACCUCACACAGGUCAGUCCUAGAACAUGACACAGCUCUAGCUGAGAGCGAGAUUAAAGCCUAUCCGCACUAGUUUGGCGUGGUCACUUACAGGUGGUUAUCUCAUCAAAUCAGCUCUCAAUUAACGUUAAAAAAGGGGACCAUGGGGGACCAACGGGUACCACUUAGGUAUUGUUUGCUAUAUAGAGGCGCAAGUAGCUACAAGUAGUGCAGUCCCACUUUAAGAAAUCAUCACUUGUUCUACAUAACAUUCAUAAGAGUGGGUACCGCUUAGGCAUUGUUUGCUAAAUAGAGGGCGCAAGUAGCUACAAGUAGUGCAAACCCGCUUUAAGAAAUCAUCACUCGUUUCCACAUAACAUUCAUAAGAUCAAAUUUACUACUGUUGUGUGGGAUAACAUUGACUUUGGCGAAGAUACGCUCUCGGGCAAAGGGACCAUGCACGGAACAAACGGCUUCAUCGUGUAGAAGUCAGUUGACGACAAUGCCGACGCUCGCCCUCGACCUACAGGUACAUGAACUAUGGAGAAGACAAGGUAGCGAUCCUUGCAACCCCCAUUCCCUAACCUAGCAACACAUUAUGGAGGACAGAGAGGGGGGGGGGGGGGGAGUGUCAUCAUUUGGUGAUAAUCUGGGAAUCCAGGAUUACCAAAGAGUGUAGAGUUAUUGAAAUAUGCUAAGAAGUAAAUACAGUAAAACCUGCUUUAGUGACCACCUGUCUUCAAAGACCACAUUUGUUGUUUCCCUUGAAAAUAGCUUCUCAUUGAAACAUGUACUAAAGGAACCUGUCUACAAAGACCACUUGUUGUGUUUCCCUUGGGCGGUCGCUAUAAACAGGUUUGACUGUAUCAUGUUGUGUCGUUUAGUAAAUGAUAUCAAGCAUUUAAUUUUUUACAAUCGAGGGUUUUGUUUUCAUGUGCAAAUUAUCGUAUUGUGACAUAAAGAAAUUCCCUCUUUGUUAUAAUUGGAACUGCAACCAAUUAUUUGUGUGUACAUAUAGAUUUAUAUGGACAUGAUCUCGAUACCCAUAUUUUGUUCAUAUUGACGAUGUUUCAUAAUGUAAGUACAAUAAUAUGUACGUAAUGUAAUAAAUAUUUGUUUACAUGAACCAAU